CCGCCGCCAGUGCCGCUGGGAGCUCGUGAAUCCCUCUCGCGAAGCGAACCGUGUUGAACUGUGCCGUGCUGCGGAGGGCCCGCCCGGUUGGUGGUGCAGCCGGUCGCCAGCGGAGGCGUCAUCCAUGCAGGCCGCGAUCAUCAUCAACCACGGCCAGAUGCAGCGCAGCCCGCUGCCGGAGAAGAAGGCCAUCGACAAGUCCCCGGCCGUCACUCGCAAAUACGUGCUCGGCCCCCUGUCGCGCGCGCAUCGCCGUGCCUCGCUUCGGCCGCGCGCCGCCCACGCACGCGAUAUGAGCUCCGCCAGCGACGCAGACCGCAGCAGCGACGCCGCAGCCGCCGUGGCCGCGCAGCCGGUUUCACAUGUCCAUCAAAAUUCAUUUACAGAACAAUAUUCAAAGCAGAAGAAGGGUGGCAGCAACAUGAACGGCGUCAAGGCGGAGGGGCUGCACGCCAACCGCAUCCGCCCCAUCAAGAUCACCGCCGUGGGCGACGGGAUGGUGGGCAAGACAUUCGACAACUAUGCUGACAAUAUAAUAGUAGAUGAGCAAGAAUUCAACAUGACCUUGUGGGACACAGCAGGUCAAGAGGAUUAUGAAAGACUUCGACCUCUAUCCUACCCAAAUACUGAUUGCUUUUUACUCUGUUACUCUGUGGCUAGCAGAAGUUCAUAUGAAAACAUUGUUUCAAAAUGGUAUCCUGAAAUUAGACAUCACUGUCCUACAGUUCCGAUAGUGUUAGUUGCUACGAAAAUAGACUUAAGAGAAGAAGAUGAACAAGAAAUUAUUUCAGAGAAUGAGGGUAAGGUAUUAAAAAGAAGAAUUAAAGCUGCAAAAUAUAUGGAAUGCUCUGCCAAAAAUAUGCAAGGUCUGAGAGAGGUUUUUGUUGAAGCUAUAAGGACUGUAAUGAAAAAACCACCACCACCCAGGAGGAUCUGUGCCAUUUUGACAGUGAAGGACAUGGAUUUAUAUUUUGUAAAUGUAUUUCAUCUUGCAAUGUUACCUUCGACUUAUGGGGCAAUGAUAUUUUCAUAUUGCAAUGUCUGUGCAAUAAUUGAUUACCAUCAUUUCAGAAUAACUUCUGAGGAAGGUGCAUGUGAGUUUAUUAUGUUUAUUUUGCAGUUGCUUCAGAAUGAUGUGUUAUUAACAUUGAAAGAAGCACCUAAACAUUUCAGUUUAUAUAUGUAUUCAUAA